CUGGUGCGUGCUUUCCUUAUCCAGUAUAACCCAAACCAAAACCCAUUUCUCCACAUAGAUCCCGGUGGCUUGGGCUAUUAACUUUGUGUCGUCUCGCUCCUGCCCUGCAGCAGCUCUUCACGCCAUCCAGUUAGAACCGACCCCCGUCAGCCUAUUACUCACGUCAAAGGACGGCCAUCACCUUUGGUACCCGUUUGGGCCCCGCGGUAUUCACCGACUACCGACGCCACAGACUGGAUCUAUUCCUUAACUUGGCGCUGCCGUGCCCGCAUCCAAGCGGGCAGUCAUCUGUCCGCCGACAGUGCUUAGUGUGGCCUUCAAGACCAGGCGUUCCCCGAGUACAUCCUCUACCUUUCCCCUCUAGACGACUGUAACAUCUUGACAUCGUACGCUCACCUGCACUCCCCACCCAUACCAUCACAUACUACAUCGUCCUACCAUGGCGAACGCCCGGUCCAAGUCACCACCGGGCGGCGCUGGUGACGUUUCACCGACCGACAACGGCCCAGGCGCGACAGCCACUACCAAGAUGCGCAAGAGGACCAAGACUGGUUGCUUGACCUGUCGAAAACGCCGCAUCAAGUGCGGUGAAGAGCGCCCAACAUGUGCCAACUGCAUCAAAUCCAAGCGGCAAUGCGAGGGCUACAACCAGCGAGUAGUCUUCAAACCUCCCAUUGGAGACUGGCCGAAUCACCCAGGUGUGGUCAGCACCAUCCAAUACCACACAUCAAUGCUUCCGGGCACACGAAAUCCGCAGUUCCGAGCGCCCCAGGCGGCUGGCCAAGCACAAGAACAUGCGCCUGCUCCUCUUCAGCCUCGUCCGUCAGGCAGUUUUGAUCUCUCAAACAUGGAGGGUGGAAACACCAUGGGAAUGCCCACUCCCUCACAAAGACUGGCGGCACUGCCCAACUACUCUCCCGAGCAAACCUUCCAACAGCCGCUUCCAUCGCCACAUCACCAGCAGCCUCUCCAAUCCCCACAUCACCAGCAACCUCUUCAAUCCCCACACCACCAGCAACCGCUCCAGUCGCCACAUCACCUGAUGCAGAACCCUACCCCGACUACAUCCUACUUUCCGCAACAGUCGCCAAUACAUGCCCCGUUUCAGACUACAUAUAGCCAUGUUCAGAACACAGCGUUCUCUGACCAACGAUAUACGCAGAACCAAGGUCUUUAUCAACAAACGCCGGUCACGUUUGAUGGCUUUGUCGAUGCAAAGCUGGCUACAUCGCAAGCCCUGCCCAGUCAAUCGAUCUACCAGCAGCAGUAUCCUUCGCCAACGCAAAGCGAUGACUAUGGUUCACAUGUCCAACAGUCAAAUAUAUCGCCGCGCGAUGACACCUUCCCUCAGUUUGCACAACGACCUGUUAUGCCGCGGUAUAACAGCCACUCCCAUAUUGCAAGCCAGCUCCCUCAGCUCAGUCCCAUUGGCGUGAGCCAAGCUGGCUAUGCUUUUGCCCCAGUUUCACACGCAGAUUUCACACAUUCUAGCUAUCUAUCUGUCCAGAUACCCUCUCAUGAUUUGAUGUCGGAUGUAAAGUACUUACCUCAACCAGUUCUCGAACAAUCUACGACCGAUCUCGAGUUGCAGUUCGAGCCUCAAUUGCAUCUCAGCGGAUUUGCUGGCGACGACCACGUCAGCCCUUCGCAGGUCCUCGACGAGGCCGCGGUCGAAUACGAAGACGACGAUUACUGGGACGUGCAGUCCGACGACGAAAUGGUCGACCGCGAUGACGGAGAGAAUAUGAUGGUGGCGAGUAAAGAGUUUGAGACCAUUCGUCGCAUACACUUCGAGAACUCCAGCGAGCUUGGCGUCAGACGCUAUGACGCAUUCUUGUAUGACGGGUUCUUGACGCGAUACAAGCCGGAGUAUGCAGCAAGUCCGCUGAGGAACCCCAAGACGGCUAGAGUCUUCGCUCACUUCAUUCACGUGACUGCCGUCAGUAUCUCCAUCUUCGAGAGAAACCCCAGAAACUCUUCGUUGAUCUUCGAAGGCUCCACAUCGCCUGCGCAACAAGGACUGUGGACAUACCUACUACCACUCAAAGCGCUCAAGAAUCAAAGCUUGCUGCACGCUAUGCUUGCGCUGUCAAGUCUGCACAUUGCAAGACUACAAGGUGCAUCCAUCACACCUUCGUACAAGCACUACGCAUAUUCUCUCAAGCGCCUGGGCAGGCUGCUCAAUCACCCAAAGAGACGUCUGUCGAUACCCACUCUCGCAACAGCUCUGCUCCUUGCUUUCUACGAGGUCUGGACGGCUGAGCACACUAAAUGGUCAACGCACCUUGUGGGCGCGGCACAGUUGCUGACAGAGCUCGACUUUCGCUCGUUGACACGCGAAGCUCGACGCUUGAGAGCCGCUCAAAUGGCAGAGGAAAGGCAGUUUCCUUACCAGAAUCCCGGAAUGAUUAUCGACCAGCGGCAAUUCGACGAGAACCUUCGAGAGAGGGACCUCAAGCCAAAUGAGAGUCUCGUCAGUACAAUUGUUGGCAAACAAGUUGAUUAUGAUGAUUUCGGCAUGAUCUUCGAGGAUAACGGAGCAAGGCAGGAUAACAACGCACGUCCGAUCAGCAACCUCGACCUGAGGAGCUACGAGACACUUCAGGAUCUGUACUGGUGGUACUGCCGUCACGACAUGUGGCAAAGCUGCGUGAGCGGUAACCCUCUUAUAACGCCAUAUCGAAAGUGGUCGGACUGUCCACCCCGGGCCCCACUCGGCCGCGCAGAUGCAUUGUACGGCUCCCACGACCAUAUCGUCUUGCUCAUUGGCCGUAUAGCAGACUUCACGUGCCGCGAUCGAGACCGGAAGCUAAGACAGGUCAAGGCUGAUGGAGGACAAUGGAGACCGAGACCUGGGAUGCCUGGCGGGCCGCCAGCGGGCAUGAGUAGGAGCCAGCCACCAACACCUGGUGCGGGGCCCCCUCCUCACAUGCAAGGAAUGUCUCCGGGAGGCCCUCCACCAGGAUGGACGGGCCCACCACCGCCUGGGUUCGGGCCACCUCAAAGCGGCCCGCCAACACCAAGAGAGAGCCCUCCCACUGGCCCACCACCAGCAAUGCCGAAUUUCUUUGGCAUGGCUCCCGCUCGACCACACGCACCGAUCACGAGCCACUAUGCAAACCCCGAUUACGAGCGCUCUCCUCCAGUCUCUCACGCGCCACUGCCAGAGUACUCAGAUCUGCCAUCCGCAUACGAGGGCGCAAUCAGGGAAUGGGACAGCAUCAAUGCAGCCCACGCAAUCGUCGCUCAGGUGCUAUCCAGCACCGACUCCUUCGCCCCGCUGCCCGCUGAACUCCAAGUCAUCCCGCCCGGCCAAACAAGCACAAUGACGCCCUUCGGCCCCGCCCUCGUCCACCGCAGCUACGAUAUAAGCGUCAUAUGGACACUGCUCCACCUCGCCAAGAUCAUCCUCCUGCGCUCGCACCCCGCCAUGCCCCCUGCCAUGAUGAUGGCCGCCGGCGUCUGCGCCCAAGCCACCGGACCAUACGCGACCCUCAUCGGCCGCAUCACGGCGGGUAUGCAGCUCCCGAUGGGCACCGACCUGUCGCCGUUCCUGGGCUCUGUGCUGCAGGAGUCCACCAUGAGCAUGUUCUUCGCGGGCGUGCAGUACCAAGACCCGGCGCAGCGCGAGUGGACCAUCACGCGCCUGCUCGAGAUCGACCGGCGCACGGGCUGGGCCUCGGCGGGCAUCAUGGCGCGCGGCGUCGAGACGUCGUGGGAGCGCGCUGCCGAUAUGGGGCGCGGGCCGCCGUAUAAGCGGCGCACGAGACGGGCGGGCGAGGACGGGCCGCUGGUGCUGGAGGACGGAGGCGCGAGUCCGCAGACGUGGCGGCACAAGGAGGGGGAUAACGCGGUCGGAAAGGGAGCGCAGGUCGAGGAGGUUGUGGAUGUGGCGGAGCGGCGGUUCUCGGUGCGGCCGCGGAUGGUGACGUGGGCGAAGAAUGUGUUUGGAAUGGAGGAUGAGCUGCAGUCGGGGAUGGAGAGGGUGGGGAUU